CUUACAUGCACUGCUCUGUAACUGCGCAGCACGCUGAUCCCAAAAGCUGCAACGCCUUCUGUGCGCAGCGCAAACAUUGAACAACAUGAUGUGUAGAUCUGCAUUUUUUUUUUAAUUAAUUUGUUUGCACACAUGCACAGUGUUUGUGAAAGGAAACAAUACAAUCCACAUCCACACUGCAACACGGCUGUUUUUCCCUUUUUUGGAUUUUUAGGAUACUUUGAGCGCAUGUUUUGGGUUAAACUCAUAGAAUACGUUUUGUUUUGCUGAGUCAGGGAUGCUGCACACAAGGGACCGAGAAAUGUGAAUAGUCAAGCCCACGAGGGUUCCGAUGAUCUUUAUUGUGCCAAUUACUGCCCAGCGCUUAAACUAGACACUGAUAGCCGAUGAUACGGUCAUAUUGCCUUCCAGGUGCUUGAAUGCGCAGCCGCUGCAGGGGCUGAAGAACAGAAAGCAUCGGGGUGUUUGGUUACAGAGAGGAUGGUGGCGGAGAUGGCGAGCUGCGGAGCGGCUAGUCACCUGGAGGACGGAGAUGGAGAUAUCCCUGCACUUGAAAACAAAGAAAACCUGAGAGAAAGUGACAGCAGCAGCUCAGAAAACACUGGGACCUCCUCCUCAGAGGAGGAAGAUGAAGAGGAGGAUGAAGAAUGUGAAGGCUCUGCUGAGAAGGAUGGAGGAGAGGAAGACAAUGAAGAGGCUGCAGAGGAGUCUAAAAAUGAUUCAGUCCCUGGACCUGAAGCAGAUUUUUCAAUUGGGAAGGUCCUGACAGAUGAGACGCACUUCAAAUCAUGCUGUGAAAAAUGCAAAGCCGUCCAGCAUAGCCACGGCAAUGAGCUUGUUACCCCCAGGAGGAUCUCUAAGGGACGAUUACAGGUGCAGCUUGAAGGGGAGGGUACAUACCAGUGUACAAUAACUGGCCUGGUGUUUGAGGCAUCGGAGCGGGUGCUCGUGCGGUACUCAGUCUUGUCCUGGUCCAAGUUCGGUGCGUUCCUCCGGGACUCCUGGAAAUUUGCUGGACCCAUCUUUAACGUGGACACAGUCAAUAAGGACGCUUCUGUCCUCACGUCCAUCCAGUUCCCUCACUCCGUCUGCCUUGCCGAUCCAGAAAAUGAGAUGACAUUCAGUGUCCUGCACAUCAAGGACAACCGUCCACUCAUCGAGCCGACAGUGGACCACUCAGGUAGCCACGUUAAGUGGAAUGUGACUUCCCUUUCACCCGUGGGUCCCAUCAUUCAGACAAGCCAAUCUGUAGAGCACCACGGCGUGGUCCUGGUCUACAAGCAGCUGUGCAGUGACAACAACAACAACAACUACAGCUUCCACAUCUACCUGGCCACCAACAGCACAUCUGACAUCAAGGAUAUUUGCAAACAGGUGCGGGGCUACAAGAAUCGCUACAUUCGUAUAGAGAAGCCUCCAACAUGUAAACUGGAUGAGGCGACGUAUCGUCUCCUGAGCGAGCCAGAGGGAGAGAUCAAACCUCAGGAUUUGAAAUUCACCCUUGCAGUGACCAAGAUGAAAGGCUACUUUGAAGCAUUCUUUGAGCAGCCUCCUCCCUUUAAAUUAUCUCUCAUAGAGACCAGCACUGAGGAGACUGUAUGGUCCAGCACCAUCAGAGAAGGUGACUGUGUGGAUAACACAGAAAAGAAGCCAAGGAAAAGGACAAGCAGCCGACAGAGGAGCAGCAGCCCCUCAGAGGAAGAGACAGCCUGUAAAAGGCCUCGCUGGCAGGACGAGUCAGAUGGAGUGAAAACAGGGAUUACUCUGGGCCAGAAUAUGUCAGAAAAGCAGCUACUGCAGGUGGCCAAGCGGCUCGGGAAGGAGUGGAAGCAGGUGGCCAUCUAUCUAGACUUGAACUCCACGGAGCUGGAUGACAUCCAGGCAACAGAGAAAGAUGUGACCAUGCAGAAGCACAAGAUGCUGGUGAAGUGGAAGAGCAGAAGGCAGCCGGGAGAGGCCACGGCAUACCACCUGCGGAAAAGUUUAGAGGAACUGGAUGACUUGCCAAAUGAGGUCCAUCAGAAACUGCAAGACUUGAUAGACAAUCCAGAAGCUCAGUGAAAGAGAUUUGCCAUCAAUGGACUGUUGAAUAUUUGUUCUCCAUCAUCAGGAAGAAAAAAUAAAACCUCAGGAAUACAACAAAGCAGAGGAUGAAUAUGGACCAAACAUUAGAAUAUUUUCUGGAAAUGAAACUGAUCGAUGGGUUUUUGUAUAGCUGCAUUUCAUGAAAAGGGACACUUUCUUAACUUUGGAAGGGCAUUUUCCCUUAUUUUGUUUAAAUCUAUUCUUUUGAUUCUGCAAUAAAUACAGAAUAGAAAAGCUUCACGUAAAGCUUCCCUUGUGUAAAGGGUUACUAGGUUAAAAAAUGACCAAAAGAGCUAGAGGUGUAGAGGUCAUUGAGGUAUAAAGUAGCUAGUUCUAUAGCCAGUAAGAUGUAAAUGUAGGUGAUGCAGUGUUGAAACUGCAAAAAAAUGGGAAUAUUCCAACGGGUGUAUGUAAUCGUUUCAUUUUUAAAUGUUAUGUUUGUGGGACUUCACACCCAUGUGUAAGUGACUGUCCAAAGUGUGACAGACUAAAGUACUGAGCUAUUUUGUAUAUCAUAUGUUUUUAUAUCCGUCCUGUACAUAUCUUUUUUUACCCACUAUUUCAAACCUGUGAUCAGUUUAUGUGUAUGCUUUUAUGUUUGUAUGUUUGUGUUUUAUUUGACAACUCUGAAGCUAUACAACUAAAUGGAGACGCAUUAAUAAUGUAUAUUUUAACUUGAAUUAUGAAUCCAUUACUGCCCACCUGUGACUGGAACACACAUCUUGUUAAGUAUAAAUGUUGUGUGUGUUACAAAUGUGUACACUGUGGAAAAAGACUAAUUACAAGCAUUUCGAUACAGGGCUGGAUUUAACUUUCCUCUUGGUACGGCUACAAAAACAAACUACUGUAUGCUGCAUGCGGAAACAUUUCAGUAAUUUCUUCUCAGCAUCCCUACAUAAGUCACAGCUUUGUUUCUGUUUUACCUGCUUUCAAAGGACACUGUUUCCAGACAUCUCAACACUAUUUGGGAAAAGCUGCAGGAAUGGUAUCUGUACUGUUGAGUAUUUUAGGGUCUUCCAUGCCCAUAUGAUGCAGUUAUGUUUACAUUCUGAGAACAGGGAUACUUCCUUAAAGAACUUACCACCAAAAAUAGGUCUUUUUUGCAUUUGGUUCUAUAAUGUCUGAGUUUCUCUAAAGAAUUUUGGAAUAAUUGUAAUAAAGCAAAUGUUGACUGAA